AUGACCGCGGUGGACGGGCAGGGCAACGCCUGCUCCUUCAUCAACUCCAACUUCAUGGGGUUUGGCUCCGGGCUCGUGCCGCGCGGGUGCGGCUUCUCGCUGCAGAACCGGGGCGCAAACUUCCUCCUCACCGAGGGCCACCCGAACAGCGUCGAGCCGGGCAAGCGGCCGUACCACACCAUCAUCCCUGGCAUGGCGACCGUUGGCCGCGAGCUCUUCGCCUCGUUCGGAGUGAUGGGCGGCUUCAUGCAGCCGCAGGGGCACGUGCAGGCGCGGCGCGUGCUGCUCAACAUGCUCCAGCACGGGAUGGACCCUCAGGCCGCCUAA